AUGCCAGUCUCGGAGGGAACAGGCGGAGGCCUGCCUGGGGAUGUCAGCACGAGCGCCACGUGUACAGCAGCACCCAUGCACCCAAUCAUAUUCCAAGAAUGCCCUCAAUUCUGCUUUACCCAACAAGCGAAAAUAAGCGGUCUGGUCUUGGGGGCGGUUGGGCUGGUCGGCCUCAUCGGCGCUUUCAAAGACACAAUUGAGCUCUUUUCCCUCAUCACAGCUUCUCAAAACUUCAAUCAGGAGCUCCUGGUGACCAUCUCGAAGCUCGACAUUGAGAAACUGAUCCUCCUACACUGGGCAGAUCGAGUCCGACUCUUGCGAACAGACCAUGAUUCAAGAUUGUCGGACCCAACCACUCAGCAAGGCGUGAGUUUGAUACUGAACCGCAUCGAGAAACUCUUGUCGGAUGCCCACGACCUUACCAAUAAAUAUGGCCUUUGUGAAGUAUCACGUGAAGAGUCUUCAAGCUUGUCAAGAAGCCCCACCUUGAUGAGCAGCUAUCGGAUGCAGCGAUUCUCUUCGUCCUUUCGACAGCUCAGACUGACUAUCGCACCUCGCACCAAAUCGACAAUGACGAACAAAGUACAGUGGGCGAUUAAAGAUCGGGACAAGUUUGAAGAUCUGCUCAAAGAGCUUAGCCGACUCACUUAUAAGUUGAAUUUGUUGGUUCCCGCUCAAGGAAAUCCUGAAACAGACCACCCAAGUGGUCUUGGCUGUGAGCAUGUUCAAAUGCAGACAGAAAUACCAACGCCUUUUGUCGACCGUACGAAGGCCAUACCGGUUGAAUCCUUGGAAGGGACCAGGAAAGACAAGACUCAUGAGUACUCGUCAUAUUCAGCCGCCCAGAUUGCACAAGAUGCUCAUUGCGUUGCGAAUACGAAUGACCUCAAGGUCGCUUUAUUGGCUGCGGAGAAGCAAAAGGCUAUCUUUGCCGGGCCCAUAAAUGCGGAGCUGCUCCAUCGCGAGGCGCUCUGCAAGAGAAUACUGAACAAAAUAUGGUUCCGAAUGAUGGAUGACAGAAAGGAAUCCGUAUUGCCAGCGCACAUUAGCACUUUGGAGUGGGCACUCCACCCUCCCGAGCAGGGCUGCCUCUGGGACGACUUCUCUCACUGGCUACAGUCAGGCUCUGGCAUUUACUGGGUCUCAGGAAAGGCCGGCAGCGGGAAGUCGACCCUGAUCAAGCAUUUAUACUCCCAUCCAGAUGUUCCAAGCCUUCUUUCGCAGUGGUCAGGCGACAAUAAAAAUUGCCCAGGCUUGAGACUUGAGGAUCUGAACCGGGGUGACAUCACGCGAUACGUCAAGCACACAAUUGGGGAGCACGAGUAUAUGAAAAGGCUCUCGUCAAAAUACCCUGGUCAGGCGCAAGUCAUACUAGACGACCUUGUCGAGAAAUCAUCCGGAGUCUUUCUCUGGGUUGUUUUGGCCUGCAGAUCCCUCAUUUCCGGUUUCGCAGACUACGACCGGUUACCAGAACUUCGUCGUCGUGUGGACGAUCUGCCGCGCGAGCUUUGGGACCUCUUCGACCACAUGUUGCGGAAAAUAAACGCACGGCAUCAGGAGCACGGGGCCAAACUCCUUCGUACUUUGCAUUUGCACAAGAAGGAUGAAAGAAUGCAUCCAGGCGGGCUACCAAUAACUGCAAUGAGCAUGGCAAUGAGCGAGGGCGACGCGAGCGAUAUCUACCGGAAGUGGCCACAAGAGGAAAAGCCACAUUACUACGAAGAAGUAAGUGGACGGCUUAGGAGCCGCACAGGGGGAUUACUUGAAAUACAAUUACGGAAGGAACAUGGAUCUCUUACGAACGCUGAUGGUGCUAUCGUGGAGUUCAUGCACCGCACCGUCUUCGAGUUUCUAGAUGAUCCUAAGGUAUGGGAGUUGAAAGGAUUACGAAUAAGCGACGACGCAUUCUCGGAAGCUGCAGAAAUUUCGGUGUUGAAACUUCACGGCAGUGUCCGCCUCUUGGAUGACCAACACGAAAAUAUGGCUUGGGCUAUGUUGAACGAGGGCUUCGAAUGGGGUACUAUUGCAGAUCAGGAGAAGCCAGAAGGCCGCGGCAACAUCUACUGGAGAAUACAACCGGCACUUAAUGUGCUGACAUAUAAAGAUGUUCGAGGUUCCUUUUUGCCGCGACUGGUCAAAUUCAACGAACACGACAGGAGGGAAGAACAUUCUCAUGCUAGUCUACUACUGGCCGUUGAGCGCGGUGCAACGAACUACGUCAAGCGGCACCCUGAUUUCAUUGCAACGGCUGUGAAGACCAAGUUUCUCUGCGGAUGUCUGCCUCUACUUUAUCCUUUCGUGAGUUUGGACUUCGUCUCUAAACGAUUCGAGGGGCGUAUCUUGGAAAGAGAUGUGGCCAUGGUACGAUUGUUGCUUGUAGCUGGGUGCAGUCCCAACGCGAAAACUAUUCUUACAAUCAAAGACCCUUGGACGCACUGGCUCGAAACUCUUCUCAAGUUUUGGCAGAGGUUGGACAAGGCAUCCCAGAUGGCUGCUAUUAAAAUCACAGCAUCCUUCGUGGAAGCUGGGGCCAACACAAUGCCUCUGGGGAGGUCGAUGACAGAGUGGACGCAUCUGAUUUGUGGACAAGGAGAAAUGGGACACAUCUUUGAGGAUGCAUUGAAGGCUAGCUUGUCAACCAUUGACUGCCAACGGACGAACGAACAGUGA